UCCGACGAAAUUAAGAUGAUCACUGGUGAUCGACAGAAAGACUGGUUUGUACGGCCUAUUUGUUGGAACAUCGAGAAAGGCUAUACCUGCAGUUUCUACGAGCAAUCGAUGAGCGGUCACGGUCCUUUGAUUGGCCAGUACGAGGGCUUCAGCGAUGGCUGGUUUGGCAGCGAACAUGCAGCAUACUACAAAUGCUGGGUCACU